UGCGGGGCUGGCAGCGCCGGAGAGCCCCGCAGAAACGCCCCGGAUGCUCCGGAAUAAGCCCCGGUUUGGUUUAAAGCCUUUCCAAAGGAUGUGCUGGGAAUCGCCGCAUCGAGACGUGCCUGGAAAAGCCAAGCGCACAAGGUGAAACAGGGAGUGUGAAGGACGGAGAGGCCUCCCAGGCCCAUCCGUGCGGGAUUUGGGAGGAUUUCACCGAAGAUUUGGGGUAGCACAGGGUCGGUUGGUUGGUAAGCACAGAGUUACUAGCGGGAGGAAUAAACAUUUGCUUAUAACAGACUGGUGGGGAAAGCACUCGCUGUACUGAGUGCAGACAGAGGGAGGAGGCUGGUGUAUCUCUUGAAAAAUGAGCCUCAGAACAGGUACCCGUGGUAUUGACAACAAAACCGAGAGCUAGAAGGUUAGGAAUUAUUCUCCCUGCUUUCCUCAGCUUUGCAUCCAGCUAAGAGCUCCAGCCCCAGUUCCGCAGGAUAGCUGGGAAUUCGGGAUGCAGCCUGAUCGUUACAGAGACAAAAGAAAUCCAUCCUGGGAGCUCUCUGGGAAGGAGAGGUCGGGAGUGUUGAUCCAUCCUUGCACUCGGGCAUGGAAAACGCUGUGACUCUGGGAAGUAUCUGUUCCUCUGCUCUGCAGGCUCCUCUCACACCAUCCUAUCCUCAGGGUGUGCUGAAGGGGAGCGGACAGUGGCUCCAGAGAUGGAGAAGAAGCCUUUAUCUGAGGGGACCACAAAACCGGGCACGGUUUCAUUCAGCAGAUCUGAAUUCCCAUAUGAAAGAUCAAGAAGGAUUUUGGAAAUUGAAGUUGCUCACAGGCUUCGGAACUUCGGGCAGAAUUUUCUUUUAGCACCUCUGUGUUCUGAAACAAGGAGCCAUACCAGGAACUGAGCAGGAUAUGCUGCUGUAAUGCUUUUCUAGCAUAAAGCUUUAAAUGACAGAGUGAAGAGAGAUGGUUUUUUGGUUCUUCUUAGAAAAAAUGUCAUCACUAAAACAAAAUAUGAGGAAGCCUGUGGUAUCACGGUAUGCCCGAGGAGAUAAGUGAAUUCUCUGGCACAUUCAUGCAAAUCUUUCUUAUAAUGGGUAUAGUUCCUGCGUUUGUCCUAAAAUACAGUUGCCUCCGUCUGGCAUUGUUCAAACUUUUUUUUUUUUUAAUGAAUACCCAUCCAUUUCACUGUUGUGACCCAAAGGAAAACACCAGCAUUAGCUCUGCACGGUAAAUGACUCUCUUUAUAAUUUCUCUAAAAUCUGAAAAAAUAUAAACGUCUGUUGAAGAGCAGAAUCUUCUGAUGAGCAAAGAUAUUGUUACAGCCAAGAGCUCCGUUAGGGAUCACUGUUCUUCUUACACCCUUCUACAGCUGGAGCUGAAGGACACGAUUUCCUCUCUGAAAUGAUGGCAGCAAAAAUAACUGAGCUCCUGCUCUCAGGGUAAGAAAUGUCAGUGGAAGCGCUUCUCGGCCUGUGUCUUUCCCCGUGCUGCGCAGUGAUGCCAAGAUUAGGAUAAGUAGAAGGAAAUACAUAUUUCCCCCUCGGAGGUGAAAAAAGGCACAAAGCAAGUGGAUUACAGGUGUCACAGUUAUUUCUGCAUGGGAAAAUAAAAGAGAGAAGCCACUUUCCCAGCACAUCUGCUGCUGUGCUUAGACUACGGUUUGACUUCUCUCUUGGGGAUAAUGAUGGCAGCUCGAGCCAUGGAUGUGUCCCUGGAAGGGAAGAAAGGAGGAGCUGCCCUUUGAUGUAUGUCAGUGGUUUAGAUCUUAUCACGAGUCCAAAUCAAGGGUCAAUAAGAGGAAAUUACUUCUUUCGCGCAAGAUCUUCGGGAACCCGAAGUCAACCCUAGUUGUUGUUUUCUCCUACUGAUACAGGCACGAAGUUUUUUUUAUUUUAAAACAAAUUAAGACAUCAGAAGAUUUCUAGGACUUGACCUCUUGAGUUAUUGUUUGACAGCGUCACUCCUUUUAGCAAACAAAAAUAAGGGGGAAACGUCUAGGGAAUUAAAGAAAAGGUACCAAACCCAAGAGGGUUGUGAUACUUUAUAAUAAUAAUUUUUAAUAGCGUAGUUUCUUUUGUAGUAAAAUCCGAACUAAAAAUGCUCGAGGCACAGGUAAAUAAUACAAGCACUAUUUUGUUCCCUCCUUCAUUUUUUAAUUCUCUAAGAGAAAGGUUGGACUGGGCUCGCAGGCAGCUGUGCACAUCUUCAGUGCAUGCGUCGCAGAAGCAGUCCAGGCGUAAAUCUGUCUUUGGGGCCAGCCGUGCCUGCCUGACGCUGAGGUUUUUAUCUGGUUCCCGGCACGAAUUCUGCCUCCCAGUACCCCUCGAUAUCCUCUUCCACCUCCGUUUUCCCACGGUUGUUCCUAACAGGUCUGCUCUAGACAUCUCCCUCUUAGCGAGUUUGAUUCUGCCUCUAAUCAUCUCAUCAUAAGCCUUGCAAAUUUCUGGAGCCCCCCUCAAACCCUUCGUAAUCAAUUAGUUCUUUUCCAUGACAUUUUUUAUUUUGAGAAUCUUUAGAACUUUUUUCUUUUCCUUUAUCUUUUACAGAGUUUUGUGUUGAACCUCUGAGGUCUACGUUUCAGUUAUUCUUUUAAUGGCCUGUCAAUUAGCGUGAUCAAUUAGCCUUAUCUUUGCUAUUGUCUCCGUUAGCUCCUCACUGGUGUUUGUGUAAGGAGUUUAGCUCAGAACCUCCCUGUUUGUUUCUUUGCCUUUCAUAUUAACCGGCUGUGGGCCAUACAUCCUAAGGCAGAUACGGGACUGCAAGUUUAGCAUCUUUUUCACGUAAAAAAGUGUAAAAGUCAGGCGAGGUGUGAUACCCAGUAAGAAAAGAACAGCUUUAGGAUAAUGUGUCCUAGGACAACUUUAUCAUUCUGCUGUGGUGGCGUCCUGGGGUGAUACUGAAACGUUUACUUAGGGACAAUUCCUUGUGAGCUCUCUGGCAACAGCUCUCAUUUUCAAAAGUUCUCUGACUUGCCCCGCUUGCUAAUCGCCCUGUGCUGAUUAACAAGUGGAGAAGAGAAGGAAAAUCUCUUCUGUGGCAGUGGAACUUGCCGUGUCUACACGACGCAAACCAAAAGCUGUGUAUGAAGAGUUCGUGGUGGCGAGUUGGGAUGUGAUACCCAGAGCAGAGCUCUGUACGCGGGAGCUCUCUCCGAGAGAGGAGAGCUUUUACACCGCACCUUUUUCUUCUCUUUGGCACAAAGAGUGCGGGUUCAAGCAGCAAACCCCGAACCAGCAGCGCUGCCCCGAUUGAGAAGAAAUAUUCCCCCUGCCGACGCUGGGUGGGGAUGUUGGCCGCGGACCGGAGCGUUCCUCGGUCCGCCCAGGGUUUGCAGACACAGGGAGACAAAAAAACCGUGUGGGCUGAGCUGCUCGCAGAGGAGUCGGAGCACUCCGGGGCUUCCAGAUUCCUUCACCCCAGGAUUGCUGGCCCACACCGCUCUUUUUGGGACGCUACUAAAAAAAUGCUGGGAGCCACCGAGGACGGUGGACGUCUUUUUUGGAGAGUGAUGACGUGUGGGAGAAGGAGCGGAGACAGAAAGAGGCAAGUGAUCCUGUUUAUUCUGUAUGUUUGCGUGUGUCAGAGCGGGGCUGAAACCCUCCGCUACUCUCUGCCGGAGGAAAUGGAGAGGGACUCCUUUGUCGCCAAUAUCGCCAAGGACCUGGGGGUUCCUCUGAGCCAGCUUGCGGCUCGCAAAGCCCGCGUUGUGUCCGAGGGGAACGAGCAGCUUUUCCGGCUCAAUCAAAACACCGGAGUCCUGACGGCAAAGGAAUCGCUGGACCGGGAGGAGAUCUGUCCUCAGAGCGACACCUGCACGCUCAUCUUUAAGAUAUUCUUUGAAAAUCCGUUGCAGCUUAUCCGAGGGGAGGUGGAAGUUCGUGACGUAAACGACAAUUCGCCCGUGUUCCCGGAGAAGGAGAUGGUUUUAAAAAUUCUAGAAACAGCAUCUCCUGGCUCCCGUUUCCCCCUGGAAAGCGCCCAGGACAAGGACGUGGGCAUUAACGGUUUGCAGAACUACAGCCUCGGGCCCAAUCCUCAUUUCUCCCUCGCUGUUGGAACAGCGAAAGAUGGAGUAAAAUACCUGGAACUUGUUCUACAGCGCCAGCUCGAUCGUGAAGAGCAGGCAGAACUGAAUUUACUUCUGACCGCCACCGAUGGGGGGUCACCACCCAGGUCGGGCACGGCUCAGGUCCGAAUCGUGGUUGUGGAUGCCAAUGACAAUAUUCCUGUCUUCGAGAGGGAGACCUACGAGGUGCGCCUGGCUGAGAACAGCCCCCUGGAGCAGCUGGUGGUCAGAGUCGCUGCCGCGGAUCCCGACGAAGGGUCCUACGGGGAAGUGCGUUAUGCCUUUACCCAGACAUCAGAGCGAUCCCGGCAGCUCUUCCAGCUGAACCCGACCACCGGUGAAAUACGAGUCGCGGGCAAGCUGGAUUUUGAGGAAGCAAAAUCCCACAAGAUGGUGGUGAAAGCCACGGACGGCGGAGAGCUGUCUGGGCAUUGCAAAGUGCAGGUGGAGGUCCUGGACGUGAAUGACAAUGCCCCGGAGAUAGCGCUCACCUCCCUCAGCGCCUCCAUUCCCGAGGACGCCCCGCCACGCACCGUGGUGGCUCUGUUCAGUGUGCGGGACCGGGACUCCGGGGACAACGGCAGGACGGAGUGUUCCAUCGACGGGGACUUGCCGUUCAGUCUCGCCCCCACUUUUGAUAAUUACUAUGAACUGAGAACAAACGCGGCUCUGGACAGGGAGAGGACGGCGGAGUAUAACAUUACCAUCACAGCCAUGGACUGGGGCAGGAAGCGGCUGAGCUCUCAGGAAACCAUCUUCGUGAAGAUAUCGGAUGUGAACGACAACCCCCCAGAGUUCACCCAGGAGGUUUACACCAUGUCUGUCACGGAGAACAACAGCCCCAUGCUCCGGAUCGGCAGCAUGAAGGCCACGGACGCCGACGCAGGAAUAAAUGCCCGUGUGAACUACGCGCUGGUGCGGGAUGAGGGCAAAGAGCAGCCCGAAGUGUCAGUCAACGCUGAAAACGGGGAUGUUUAUAUCCUCCGCCCGCUGGACUACGAGAAGGUGCGCGCCUUGGAGGUGACAGUGCGCGCAGCCGACGGCGGCUCCCCGCCGCUCAGCGCCCAGGCCGUGCUGCGCAUCGUCGUGCGGGACGAGAACGAUAACGCGCCCGUGCUGCUGCACCCGGGCCCCGACAGCAGCGCGGCCGGAGAGCUGGUGCCACGCUGGGCACCCUCCGGCUACCUGGUGGCCAAGGUGGUGGCGGUGGACGCGGACGCGGGGCAGAACGCGUGGCUGUCGUACGAGCUGGCCAAGGCCACGGAGCCGGGGCUGUUCCGCGUGGGGCUGCACAGCGGCGAGGUGCGCACGGCGCGGGCCGUGACAGAGAGGGACGCGCCCCGGCAGAGGCUCAUCGUGCUGGUGCAGGACCGUGGGCAGCCGUCGCGCUCUGCCACUGCCACCCUCGCCGUGGCACUGGUAGACGGCUUCUCCGAAGCCCAUUUGCGGGUGAGUGAGGAGGCACCGGCCGCCGAGCCCGACGGGCCGCUUACUCUUUACCUCAUCGCCUCCCUCGUGUGCGUGUCGGCGCUGUUCCUCGCCACCGCGGCGGCCGCCGUGGUAGUGAAGGUGCGGCGGGCCAGGCGGAGCGAGACGGAGAAUUUGCCCACAUUCCCGACGACUGGCACGGAGAGCAGCGCGGGCUCCUUGCCCCGCAGCUACGUGUACGACGUCUGCUUCGCCGCCGGGACCGUCAACAGCGAGUUCCGUUUCCUCAGGCCGCUCUUCCCCUGCUUCCCCGCCGGGCUGCCUCCCGGCCCGGGCGAGCAGAGGAGCUCGGUGUGCUCGCAGGAUGCGGCCAACUUCGGCGGCGAGGGCGACUGGACUGCACAGGGCAGUGCUCCCCUCUCUGAAGAUACAAGGCCCAGAGCUGCAGAUGCAGUUUGCCCCGCAAACAGGGAGCUGGAGCUAAAUGCCAGUUCUGAGCAAAACCCUUGGCUCACCCAUCAAUAAAUGGAAAGAAAGACAAGUUUGUCUGUCCUCACAGGGGAAAAGGAACAAAGAGACCAAACACAUCUCUAAAAAGUACCAGGGAGAUUAAACCUUCUCUGUGAGAGUACUUUCCCCUUAAGCAGUAUUUUAUUCACGUAGGUAUUUUGUAAUUGUAAUGUCGAUGGAGAAGGAGAAUCGUGCUGUAUGUUGAUUACAUAAUAAUGUAUGAUUGUGAGAAUGCUACUGCUUCCACAUGCUUUGAGAAAUACUGAAAUCUGGCAGCAGAUCUUUAACUUCUUGUUACACUGCCUUCUCUGGGGGGUUUCCUUUCAUGCUUUGUUUGUUUCUUUCUUUUUAUGGAGAGAGCUUUGUAAUAAUAUCUAAAUUUUCUGCCGUGUAUUCAACACCAGGUGAAACAGAUAUUAUGCAAAAUUAAGUGGUGCUUGCAAAGGAAUUUCUUACAAAAUAAGGAGAAGCUGGUUACAUUUUGAACUACUGGCAUUGGCACACUUGGCAUAUUUGACCAGGAGCUUACAGGCUCUCUUAAUUGUAAAGAGUGGGCUUUGAGCAAUGUAUUCUUUCUUCCUUUCUUUUUUUUCCAUAAAGUUGAAAAUAUUAUUUAACCAUUUUUAAAAACCAAGAUAAUUAAAAGUAUUGUUUGUGGUUUUUCAGUAAAAGAGAUGAAACCAUUUACAAUUAGCUUAGGACACUGUAGAAUAUAGGGUGUCAAGAACUUUCUGGUUUUCUUUCGUCAGUCGGUAUUAAACUAUAAAGUAAUGUGAUAAUUCCUGUCGUUGAACCAUUUUAAAGAGUCAUAUGAGUGAUGACAGAAAACAAUAAAAUCUACUUGGAACUCC